AUGGAGCAACUGACACCCCUCCUACGGCCGGGGGACCCCGGAGCUAUGGAGCCAUGGGCACAGCCUGCCUGGCAGAGCUGGAUUCCAGGACAGGAGGGCGAACCUGGAGGGGCAGCCCCAAGCAUUGCCGAUACUCCGGCAGCUCUGCAGGUUGGAGAACUGAGGCCUUUGGAGAGCUCUGAGCCCGAGGGAGCCUGGAGCCCUGGGCCUGUGGGGGACAUUGACCCUGAAGGUACAGAAACUGGGCUGCCCAGCUUGGGGCAGCAAGCAGCGAGCUCCGGACCCCGCUGCCCAAGGCUGGAGGACGAGGAGGUGGAGGCUCUCCAGGAGGGCAAGCUGAGCAUGGGCUUCGGGGACAGGCCCAGUCUGGAGCUGCUGAGGGCCCUGCGGGAGCUGCGGCAGCACUGUGCCAUCCUCAAAGAGGAAAACCAGAGGCUGAGGAAGAGCAGCUUUCCAGAGACGGAGGAGAAGGUGCGGAGGCUGAAGCGAAAGAACGCCGAGCUGGCGGUCAUUGCCAAGCGCCUGGAGGAGAGGGCCCGGAAGCUGCAGGAGACUAACCUGAAGGUGGUGAGUGCCCCUGUGCCCCGUCCAGGGCCCAGUUUGGAGUUGUGCCGAAAGGCCCUGGCCCGCCAGCGAACCCAGGACCUCAGUGAGACAGCCAGCGCCCUGCUGGCCAAGGACAAGCAGAUUGCUGCUUUGCAGCGGGAGUGCAGGGAGCUGCAGGCCAGACUCACCCUGGCGGGCAAGGAGGGCCCCCAGUGGCUCCACUUGAGGGACUUCGACCGACUGCUUCGCGAGUCCCAGCGGGAGGUGCUGCGGCUGCAGAGGCAGAUCGCCCUGCGCAACCAGCAGGAGCCGCCCCCGCCGCUCCGGCCCCGGGGCCCCACUGUCCGGGUCAAAGCAGGAGCGCCCACCCCCAGGGCCCCGGGAGAGGCUACUCCCCAGGAGGAUGUGGAAAACCCACCCGUGGGCCUAGGGGAGCCAGAGAAACAGCAGAGGGUGCAGCAGCUGGAGUCAGAGCUUAGCAAGAAGCGGAAGAAAUGCCAGAGCCUGGAGCAGGAAGCCCGAAAAAAGCAGAGGCGAUGUGAGGAGCUGGAAUUGCAGCUGAGAGAAGCCCAGAAUGAGAAUGCCCGCCUCGUGGAUGAGAACUCCCGGCUCAGUGGGAGAGCCACGGAGAAGGACCAGGUGGAGUGGGAGAAUGCAGAGCUGAGGGACCAGCUCCUGGGGGUGACACAGGAGAGGGACUUGGCCCUUCGCAAGAGCCAGGGCCUGCAGAGCAAGCUGGAGAGCCUGGAGCAGGUGCUGAAGCACAUGAGGGAGGUGGCCCAGCGGCGGCAGCAGCUGGAGGUGGAACAUGAGCAGGCUCAGCUCAGCCUUCAGGAGAAGCAGGAGGAGGUCCGGAGGCUGCAGCAGGCCCAGGCAGAAGCUAAGAGGGAACAUGAAGGGGCCAUGCAGCUGCUGGAGUCUACCCUGGAUUCCAUGCAGGUCCGGGUUCGAGAGCUCGAGGAGCAGUGCCGCAGCCAAACAGAACGCUUCAGCCUCUUGGCACAGGAACUCCAGGCCUUCCGCCUGCACCCUGGCCCCUUGGAUCUGCUCACCUCAGCCCUGGGCUGCAGUACCCUUGGGGAUCGCCCACCACCCCCCUGCUGCUGCUCCAACCCCCAGCCCUGCCGGGGAUCCGGCCCCAAAGACGCUGACCUCCUGCCGGGCUCCCCAGGACGCUGCACCCCAAAGUCUUCUGAGUCUGCCCCUGCCACCCUUGCCGGGGUCCCUCGAAGGACAGCCAAGAAGGCAGAGUCUCUCUCCAACUCCUCUCACUCUGAGUCCAUCCACAACAGCCCAAAGUCAUGCCCUACGCCUGAGGUGGACACAGCCAGUGAGGUGGAGGAGCUGGAGGCAGACACCGUCUCCCUGCUCCCAGCAGCUCCCGAGGGCAGCCGGGGAGGAGCCAGGAUCCAGGUCUUCCUAGCACGCUAUAGCUACAACCCAUUCGAAGGCCCCAAUGAGAAUCCAGAGGCAGAACUUCCGCUUACUGCUGGCGAGUAUAUCUACAUCUAUGGCAACAUGGAUGAGGAUGGCUUUUUUGAAGGGGAGCUCAUGGAUGGCCGAAGGGGCCUGGUUCCUUCCAAUUUUGUAGAGCGUGUGUCCGACGACGACCUCCUGACCUCCCUCCCUUCGGAGCUGGCCGAUUUGUCCCACAGUUCAGGCCCUGAACUCAGUUUCCUGAGCGGUGGUGGAGGUGGCAGCAGUAGCGGGGGCCAGAGUGUCGGGGGACGCAGCCAGCCCAGAUCAGAGGAGGAGCCUGCGGGGGAUGAGCUCAGUCUGAGCCCCACACCCGAAGGCCUGGGCGAGCCCCCUGCUGUGCCUUACCCCCGCCAUCUGGCUGUCCUCAAGCAGCUGGCCCACAGCGUGGUGCUGGCCUGGGAGCCGCCUCCUGAGCGAGUGGAGCUGCAUGGCUAUCAGAUCUGCGUGAAUGGGGAGCUGCGUCAGGCCCUGGGACCUGGGGCACCCCCCAAGGCUGUGCUUGAAAACCUGGACCUGCGGGCCGGGCCGCUCCGUGUCUCUGUGCAGGCCCUGACCAGCCGGGGCAGCUCUGACCCUCUGCGCUGUUGCUUGGCCCUGGGUGCCAGGGCCGGGGUGGUACCUAGCCAGCUGCGAGUCCAUCGAGUGACAGCCACUUCUGCUGAGAUCACCUGGGUGCCCGGCAAUAGCAACUUGGCUCAUGCCAUCUACCUCAAUGGGGAAGAAUGCCCCCCUGCCCGCCCCAGCACCUACUGGGCCACCUUCUGCAACCUGCGGCCUGGUACGCUCUAUCAGGCCCGAGUGGAGGCUCAGCUCCUACCUGGAGGAUCCUGUGAACCAGGCUGGGAGAGGCCGGAGCAGCGGACUGCCACCCUGCAGUUCACGACACUCCCAGCAGGCCCACCCGAUGCCCCCCUGGAUGUGCAGAUUGAGCCAGGGCCCUCUCCUGGAAUCUUGAUCAUCAGCUGGCUCCCCGUAACAAUAGAUGCCGCUGGGACCUCCAAUGGCGUCCGGGUCACAGGCUAUGCCAUUUAUGCGGAUGGGCAGAAGAUCAUGGAGGUGGCCUCACCCACAGCGGGCAGCGUGCUGGUGGAGUUGUCCCAGCUGCAGCUGCUGCAGGUGUGCAGCGAGGUGGCCGUGCGCACCAUGUCGCCCCAUGGCGAGUCGGCCGACUCCAUUCCGGCUCCCGUUGCCCCGGCCCUGGCUGUGGCCUGCCCGCCAGCCAGGGUCUCCUGCCCCUCACCACGGCCAGGCUCAGAGGCCAGGCCGCCCCUUGCUCCAGCCUCCCCAGCUCCUGGAGACCCCAGCUCUCCCCUCCGAUGCCCCGAGCCCCAUGGAACUAGAGAGCCCCAUGGAGUUCCCGCAGCGAGCCCUCCCAGAGAGACAAGAGGAUCCCAAGAGGAGCCCACAGCACCUUGCUCCCAGGAGGAGGCUGGGGCAGCUGUGCUGGGCACCUCAGAUGACAGGAGGGCCAGAGAGCCAGCCGUGGGUGAGAGAGCUCCUGGCCCUGCAGCUUCCUCACUGGCCCAGGACAAGGCUGAGUGGACCGCGGGAGAGGCCUGCCUGGCACCCUGCUCCACGGAGGGGGCCCCGGCCCCGAAGGUGCCCUCUGCUGAGGCCAGCCUCGGAGGAGACGCAGGGGCUGGGCUGAGGCCCAGGGCUGAGAAGGAGGACAUGGCAGAGCUCGGGGUGCGUCUAGUGAACUCCCUUGGGGACCAUGGCCGAAACUCAGAUCUGUCAGACAUCCAAGAGGAGGAGGAAGAAGAGGAGGAAGAGGAGCUGGAUUCCAGGGCUUGUUCUUUCCAGAAGCAGGUUGCUGGCAUCAGCAUCAGGGAGAAUGGGCCCAAGCCCCAGCCCGAGCCCUUCUCUGAGACUGACAGUGACGAGGAGAUCUUGGAGCAGAUCCUGGAGCUGCCCCUCCAGCAGUUCUGCAGCAAGAAGCUUUUUAGCAUCCCGGAGGAGGAGGAGGAGGAGGAGGAGGAGGAGGAGGAGGAGGAGGAGAAGCCUGGGGCAGGCUCUUCUUCCCGAGACCGCAGCCCGCCGGAGCCCGCAUUGCUGGAGCUGGGUGGUGACAGCAGUCGUCCUCAAGGACCUGGACCAUGUCCCUUGUCUCCUGAGCCCUCCAGUGCCGGGGACCACCUGGAGGACAUGCCAGGGCUAGUUGGUGGAAGCAGCUGGGGGAGAGGAAGUGGCUCUAUCGAGAAGCCCCCAAACUGCAGGCGGUCCCCAGAUCCCCGAGAACACUGCAGCCGCCUUCUCAGCAACGGCGGGACCCAGGCUGCUGGACGACCCGGCCCCACACGGGAGAGGGGUGGCCCACCUGUGGGCGAGGGCGCUAGGGGCGGACCAGAGGCUGGUGGGAGAGGGCGGCCAGCCCCUUCCCAGAGGCACCCUCAUGGCCGGACGCCAGAAUCUGUCCUGGCCAGCUGCCUCUCCCCCAAGUGCUUGGAAAUCAGCAUCGAAUAUGAUUCUGAGGAUGAGCAGGAGGCAGGCGGCGGGGGUGUCAGCAUCACCAGCUCCUGCUACCUCAGAGACGGGGAGGCCUGGGGCACGGCACCCAUAGGAAGGUCCAGGGGAGCUCUGAAGGCCAAUUCAGGCCCCAACCCCUACCCACGCCUCCCGGCCUGGGAGAGAGGGGAGCCAGAGCGGAGAGGCUGCAGUGCGACUGGCAGAGCCAAGGAGCCAGCCUCCCGGGCAACAGAGAUUGGAGAGCCCAGAGGGCAGGACAGGUCUGGGCAGAGGGGCCCCCUUCGGAGAGGGGCCCGAGCCCCCAGGCCAGACACCACGGAGCUGGCCCCUCCGAGGAGCCCCCCAGAAGAAGUGCUGGCUUACCAGGACCUGCCUGUCAGGGUCUUUGUGGCUCUGUUUGACUAUGACCCUGUGUCAAUGUCACCCAACCCGGAUGCUGGGGAAGAGGAGCUCCCCUUCCGGGAGGGCCAGAUCCUGAAGGUGUUUGGGGACAAGGAUGCUGAUGGCUUCUACCGGGGUGAAGGUGGAGGCCGGACGGGCUACAUCCCCUGCAACAUGGUGGCUGAGGUGGCUGUGGACACUCCUGCGGGGAGACAGCAGCUGUUUCAGCAGGGUUAUUUGUCCCCAGAUGUUCUCGUUGAGGGCUCAGGUAUGACCUCAUUUGUGUCCUCCACAGCCCGAACAACUGGGCCUCCCCCCAAGCCCCGCCGCUCCAAGAAAGCUGAGUCAGAAGGUCCUGUGCAGCCCUGUGCAGGCCCCCCCAAGCUGGUCUCCUCUGCCAGCCUGAGAGCCCCCCGCUCCAUGGUGGCUGCGUUUGACUACAACCCUCGGGAGAGCUCCCCCAACAUGGAUGUGGAGGCAGAGCUGCCCUUCCGAGCAGGGGACAUCAUUACUGUGUUCGGGGGCAUGGACGAUGAUGGCUUCUACUAUGGGGAACUAAAUGGACAGAGGGGCCUGGUUCCGUCCAAUUUCUUGGAGGGCCCUGGGCCUGAGGCGGGCAGCUCCCACAGGGAGCCUGGGACACCCCCGACCAAGAGUCAGAGAACGAGGAAGAGAAGAGUCCAGUGCUAG